AUGAGCGCCAACAGUCAGGACGAGUACUUACUUGAGGAUCCUGGAUCUCAACAUGAGGAAGUCACUUACGAAUCUACGGUCAGAUCUCCCAUGGACCUUAUCAGAGCAGAUGAGACGGAGAACCUGAGGCGGAUUGCCACCCAGCAGUCGGAGAAGUCGCGCAGACGGUCGGAGGCAGGCGCUCCAGAAGCGCAUACCACGCCCGCUGUAGCGGAGGAUGACCCUGCGCUGGAUCCGCAGUCGGUGGAAUUCGAUCUGGAAAAGUGGCUCAGAACCAUUGUGGCAGACGCCAAAGGGAGAGGUCUCUCGCCUCCACAGGCCGGAAUUGUGUUCAAACAACUGAAUGUCUCCGGGUCUGGGGCUGCCCUUCAGCUACAGGACACGGUUGGUUCAACCUUGGCAAUCCCCUUUCGACUUCCGGAACUGCUUCGUCAGAGGCAUUCUCCAUCUCGUCUAAUUCUCAAGUCCUUCAACGGCCUGAUGAAGAGUGGGGAGCUGUUGUUGGUACUUGGGCGUCCAGGAGCAGGUUGCAGCACCUUCCUAAAGACACUCUGCGGCGAGACUCAUGGACUUGACGUUGAUCCGACAAGUGUUCUACAUUACAACGGCGUCUCUCAAGCACGCAUGAUGAAAGAGUUCAAAGGCGAAAUUGUCUACAACCAGGAGGUAGAUAAACACUUUCCCCAUCUUACUGUGGGACAAACACUCGAGUUUGCAGCCGCCGCUCGCACUCCCUCGCACCGGUUCCGCGAUAUGUCCCGGGACGAGCAUGCCAAGUACGCAGCACAGGUGAUCAUGGCGGUAUGUGGCUUGAGCCAUACCUAUAACACGAAAGUUGGAAAUGACUUCGUUCGUGGAGUCUCUGGAGGGGAACGCAAACGAGUCUCGAUAGCGGAAAUGGCUCUUGCGGCUACGCCUCUCGCAGCUUGGGAUAAUUCCACUCGUGGACUGGACUCGGCCACGGCUCUCAAGUUCAUCGAGUCUCUCCGACUACUGGCCGAUCUUGCAGGAACCGCGCAUGCCGUGGCAAUCUACCAGGCCAGUCAAAGCAUAUAUGACCUCUUUGACAAUGUCACCGUCCUCUAUGAAGGGCGCCAAAUCUUCUUCGGGCCAGCGUCCACCGCAAAGGGCUUUUUCGAACGGCAAGGCUGGGAGUGUCCUCCUCGACAAACGACAGGCGACUUUCUCACCUCAAUCACAAAUCCCCAGGAGCGACGCCCCCGCGCUGGUAUGGAGAAACUCGUUCCCUAUACACCAGAGGAUUUUGAGAAGUACUGGCUUCAGUCGCAAGAGUAUCAACGUCUACAGGAGCAAAUUAAGGAAUUUGAGACUUUACAUCCCCCAGGCGACGAUGAGAAAGCUGCCGCUCACUUUCGAAAGAGGAAGCAGGACGUGCAGUCCAAAAACAGCCGGCCAGGAUCUCCGUACCUCAUCAGCGUACCAAUGCAGAUCAAACUGAACACGCGACGAGCAUACCAACGGUUGUGGAACGACAUCUCCUCGACCCUAUCAACCGUGAUUGGUAACAUUGUCAUGGCUCUCAUUAUCGGUUCCGUUUUCUAUGGAUCCCCCGAGACUACAGCAGGCUUAUCAUCAAGGGGCGCAACGUUGUUCUUCGCAGUCUUACUGAAUGCAUUGACAGCGAUGUCGGAAAUCAACAGUCUGUAUUCCCAACGCCCAAUUGUUGAGAAGCAGGUGUCCUACGCAUUUUACCAUCCUUCCACAGAGGCAAUCGCCGGAGUAAUCAGUGACAUUCCAGUUAAAUUUGUCCUUGCUGUGGUCUUCAAUAUCAUCCUAUACUUUCUAGCGAACCUUCGCAGGGAGGCAUCACAGUUCUUCAUCUACUUCUUAAUCACUUUCAUCAUCAUGUUUGUCAUGAGCGCGGUUUUCCGGACUCUGGCUGCAGUGACAAAAACAGCCUCACAGGCAAUGGGUCUGGCUGGCGUGUUGAUCCUUGCGCUGAUUGUCUACACUGGCUAUGUCCUUCCAGUGCCAUCGAUGCAUCCAUGGUUCGAAUGGAUCCAUUAUAUCAACCCGAUCUACUAUGCCUUUGAGAUCCUGGUCGCAAAUGAGUUCCAUGGCCGUGAUUUCCCAUGCGCCAACUUUGUGCCAGCUUACGCAGACCUCUCUGGUGACAGCUUCUCUUGUUCUGCUUCUGGCUCUGUAGCUGGUCAAACUACCGUGAGUGGUGACCGCUAUAUCUUCUACAAUUUCAAGUAUAGCUACGAUCAUGUUUGGCGGAAUUUCGGGAUCCUAAUUGCCUUUCUCAUUGGCUUUAUGACCAUUUACUUUCUGGCUUCGGAGCUAAAUUCGUCAACCACCAGUACCGCUGAGGCAUUGGUCUUCCGGCGCAAUCAUCAGCCCAAGCACAUGCGUGCUGAAAAUGUCAAAUCCACUUCCGAUGAAGAGAGUGGAAUCGAGAUGGGUUCUGUUAAACCUGCGCAUGAAACAACCACGGGCGAACUGACUCUGCCACCACAGCAAGAUAUAUUCACGUGGCGUGAUAUUUGCUAUGAUAUCGAGAUCAAAGGGGAACCACGACGCCUUCUUGAUCAUGUUUCCGGCUGGGUUAAACCUGGCACUCUAACCGCAUUGAUGGGUGUAAGCGGAGCGGGUAAAACUACCCUGCUGGAUGUCCUGGCGCACCGAACUAGUAUGGGUGUUAUCACCGGGGAUAUGUUUGUCAAUGGCAAACCCUUAGACACCAGCUUCCAGAGAAAGACGGGAUAUGUUCAGCAGCAAGAUCUUCAUCUUGAAACUGCUACCGUGCGGGAAUCAUUGCGUUUCAGUGCCCUACUGCGUCAGCCACCCACGGUCUCAAUCCAGGAGAAGUACGACUAUGUUGAAGAUGUGAUUCGCAUGCUGAGGAUGGAGGAAUUUGCCGAAGCCAUUGUUGGAGUUCCAGGUGAAGGAUUGAACGUCGAACAACGCAAGUUACUGACCAUCGGCGUGGAACUUGCUGCAAAACCCAAGCUACUUCUUUUCCUUGACGAGCCGACAAGGUUGGCUGAUAGCGGGCAAGCCAUUCUCUGUACCAUCCACCAGCCGAGCGCCAUUCUCUUUCAGGAGUUCGAUCAGCUACUGUUCCUUGCAAAAGGUGGCAAGACUGUCUAUUUUGGUCCUGUGGGGGAUAACUCUCGCACCCUACUCGACUACUUUGAGUCAAACGGGGGCCGGAAAUGCGGCGAAUUGGAGAACCCUGCGGAGUACAUGAUCGAAGUCGUCAACGCUAGGACCAACGACAAAGGACAGGAUUGGUUUGAUGUUUGGAAUCAGAGUCCUGAGAGCCGGGCGGUCCAGGAAGAGAUUGACCGCAUCCAUGAGGAAAGGAAAUCCACCCACGAAGGGGACAAUGAUCAGUCGCACACCGAAUUCGCGAUGCCUUUCUGGUUUCAGUUGUACGUCGUUUCGCGCCGUGUCUGCCAGCAGUACUGGCGAAUGCCGGAAUACAUCGCCUCCAAAUGGGGUCUGGCCAUUAUGGCUGGCUUGUUCAUCGGCUUCUCCUUCUUCGAUGCCAAACCAUCGCUAGCGGGCAUGCAGACAGUCCUUUUCUCCUUAUUCAUGGUUUGCUCUAUCUUUGCAUCUCUUGUUCAGCAGAUCAUGCCCCUAUUUGUCACUCAACGAUCAUUAUACGAAGUUCGCGAACGACCCAGCAAGGCGUACUCGUGGAAGGCCUUCUUGAUUGCCAACAUCGCGGUGGAAAUCCCAUAUCAAAUCGUCAUGGGGAUCCUCACCUUCGCCUGCUACUACUUUCCCGUUGUGGGCGCCAAUCAAUCACCUGAGCGGCAGGGUCUGGUUCUGCUUUACUGCAUCCAAUUCUACGUUUACGCCAGCACCUUCUCCCACAUGGUGAUUGCAGCAAUCCCAGACACGCAGACUGCCAGCCCCGUCGUGGUUCUCCUGUUCUCAAUGGCGCUGACAUUCUGCGGCGUGAUGCAAUCCCCAUCCGCCCUACCGGGUUUCUGGAUCUUUAUGUAUCGCGUCUCGCCCUUUACAUACUGGAUCGGAGGCAUGGCGUCCACGCAGCUCCACGCCAGGAACGUCGUCUGCUCAGCAGCCGAACUCUCCGUCUUUGACCCCCCCGCGAACCAAACCUGCUACGAGUACAUGGCAGAAUAUAUGAAACUUGCCGGUGGCCAGCUCCAGAACCCCGACGCUACGUCCGACUGCAAAUUCUGCUCCUUGACCGUUGCGGACCAGUAUCUCGCCGCGAGCGAUAUCGAAUGGUCCCAACGCUGGCGGAAUUUCGGGAUAAUCUGGGCCUAUGUCGUGUUUAAUAUCUUCAUGGCGACGGUCUUGUACUACCUUUUCCGGGUCAGGAAGUGGAACCUUGCGAGCAUUAAGGAGAGGCUCGGAAGGAAGUGA